AUGGCGGGAAGGGAGGGGGCGGCCGGCCCCGCCCUGGCGGUGCGCAGCGCCGCCCGCCGCGGCCUGGUCAAAAUGGCGGCCGCGGCCCUGACCCGGGAGGGUGGGGAGGAUGCUUUCCGCCGGCUCUUUCGCUUUUACCGGCAACGUGACGCGUUGGACUUGCGGGGUGUGGUGGAUUUCUCCGUGCCGGGGGGCCAGGUGUUCAGAUCACAGCUCAGUAUUUCUUCAGUCAGUGAUCAGGAUGCCUCCAGAGCAGGAUUACAACCAGUUAGCCAGUGGAAAGCCUAUGGCCUCAAUGGGUAUCCGGGGUUUAUUUUUAUACCAAACCCAUUCCUUCCGGGCUGCCAGCGUCACUGGGUGAAACAGUGUCUCAAGCUAUACCCCCAGAAACCUAAUGUCUGCAACCUGGACCUACACAUGGCUCCUGAGAAGACCAUUGACCUGUGGGGACAGAGCAAGGAGCAGCUGAGAAGGAAAGGUUCCAGUAAAUGGGAGCCCAGAAGCUUAUUGGAGAAGCUGCGCUGGGUGACCCUUGGUUACCAUUAUAAUUGGGAUACUAAGAAGUACUCAGCAAAUCACCACACUCCUUUCCCCUCAGACCUUGCGUUCCUUUCAGAACAAGUGGCUGCAGCCUGUGGGUUCCGGGGUUUCCAAGCCCAAGCAGGAAUCUUGAACUACUAUCAUUUUGACUCUUCACUGGGAAUUCAUGUGGAUGAGUCUGAACUAGACCAUUCUCGGCCCCUUUUAUCGUUCAGUUUUGGGCAAUCCUCCAUAUUUUUGCUUGGGGGCCUGAAGCGGGAGGAGGCCCCAACAGCAAUGUUCAUGCACAGUGGAGAUAUCAUGGUGAUGUCUGGCUUCAGCCGCCUGCUGUACCAUGCUGUCCCCCGGGUCCUCCCCAACCCUGAUGGGACAGCUUUGCCUUCAUGCCUGGAUCAAGUGCUUUCUUCAGACCUUCCUGUUGGCUCAGUCAUUGAGCACAGCUCUGAUGAGGAUUGGGAGGUCUGUGCCAAGUACUUGCAGUCUUCCCGCAUUAAUAUGACUAUUCGGCAGGUAUUGGCUGAGGGUCAGAAAUUUCCAGAGGAAUCUGGGACAAAUGGAGAGGGCCAAGCACCCUCUGAAGACAGUCACCAUCAGGAGAACAGCAGAGCCAAGAGACAUAAACCAAAUACAGAUAGCUGAGACCAGGACAUCACGCUGAUGUGGACUGGACAGGCAACCUGCAUACAGAAUUGGGAACUAAUGUACUCAUACUAGAAGUCACCUGUCUGUAUUGGGAUUAAUAACAUUCUGAAGAAUAAAUGUCCUUCUUGCUGAAAGAAAUAGGUUGGGAGAGAAGAAGUAUUUAAUAGGAAAAGAAGGGUAAGUUCAGGACUGGGUCUCAGAAGAUAACUCUAUUGCCAUUUUGUUGCAAACGUUUACUGGACGUGGUUCCCUUUAAAAUACCUGUCUGUCAGAGAAUAUUAAGCUCAGUUCAGUGAUGCUUGUAAAGUAUUUUGAAAUCAUUGGGCAGAAAUUGCUAGCAAAAUAUACAUAAUUGCUGUGUGUUAAAUAAUCCUACUGGGCUUGUAGAGCUGAGCUGAAGUGCAGUAACAAGUGUGACUGAGAAUAGGCUGCUAUGGGAGUGAGAUCUACCUGCAGCAGCACUUCCAAGAGAAUUACCUCUGCAGGAAAAAUCAGUUCAGUGAUCAGAAACUAGCAGCUCCCUCAAGCAACAGCUGCCAUAAGCUUGCUGUAGGCCUGUGCUCUCCUUUUGCCUGCUUGCACCCCCUCAGCUGCAGCAGAAACUUGCUCUUGUGGGUGGAACUGGACUUUUUUUUUUCAUACCUCGUAUUCUAGAGAGAAACAACUGGGGGCAACAUCUACUGAGAAUAUCUAGUAGCUCCCAGCUGAGUCUCCUCCCAGCGGUAUGUGACUAAGCCCUACAGCCCUAUUCUUUAAAAACUGUCCCCUCUUAAGUGGCUGCAGAUUAUGGUCUUCCAGUCCCAAGCCAGCAUCUUUUAAGGAACAGAAUGACUUGCAAGUAGAAGCAAUGGAGUUGUAAAUUAAGUACCUAAAAAAUUAAUCAGUGACUAUCUCUGUCACCCACAGAUAAAUAUAUUGAAACAAAGAAAAAACCCUAGCUUUUAUGCCAGCUCUCUUUAAGACUCAGACCUUCCUCCUUCCUAUCUGCUUUUUAAUGCAAUUUUAAUUGUUGGAGUGAAAUGCACUAUCCCUAGGGUAUUUUGUUGCACUUUCCCAAUGAAUAAACUUAUGCAGUUUUUAAAUUAAAGAUCUCUAUCAGUUU